UGGAGAUCAUCUACUAAUCGUCUUCCUUCUGCAUUUCCACACCCACCAAUGCCAAUUACGCGCUCAGCAGCACAAGUCACGACAAACGGCGCCGCCAAUGGCGCGGCGUCUCCUGAUGCCAACCGCAUCAUCGCGAUCGUGACGGGCGCCAACAGCGGUUUCGGCCUCGGCCUCUGCCACGACCUCCUUGCCAACCUCUCCGUUGGUGUCGGGCAGCGUGUCCCGGCCGCGCAGCCGCGCCCGACCGCCAUCGCUCCAUCCCUCACGGACCCCGGGACGACAGAGAAGGCGCCGCUCGAACCGACGGGCAUGAUGCCUUCCCCGCACCCAACGCUCACACUCAUUCUCGCCUGCCGGUCGCAGCGGAAUGCGGACGAGGCGCGCACCAAGAUCCUGACGCAGCACGCACAGGACCUCCGUACGCGGCGGAGCGCCGGUGAAUCUGUCCCCGAGGGGUGGGAGGAAGGGCUGCGCGUCGAGACGGAACUCGUCGACCUCGACUGCGUCGGCGGGCCGACGGGCGUGCUUUCCUUCUGCCGCCGCGUGUCGCAGAAGUACCCGCACGUCACCAGCCUCUUCCUCAACGCCGGAUAUGCUGCCAUCACGGAGGUCGUGAUCCCUCGUUUCAUCCUCCAGAUCCUUACCAAGGGGCUCCUCCACUCCCUCCACCACCCCCGGUAUAACACUGAGGAGAUUGGGGCGCGCAGUGCAGACGGAGAGCGGGGCAAGGUGUGGGGUGUCAACGUCUUAGCGCCUUAUAUCAUUGCCAAAGAGCUCGCACCUCUGCUGCGCAAGUCGCCCAAGAACCUCCCAUUCGAGCCCCGUGUGGUGUACACUUCCUCCAUCGAGGCAGAGGCCGAGGCGCUCAACGACAACCCUAUGGAAGAUUACCAGUUGUUGCAGUACGCGACGAGUUACCGGCCGUCGAAGUACAUGGGCGACCUGGUUAUGACGCAGCUUGACACGGAGUUGAGCGCCGGCGAGCGUCCUGUGCGCUGCCUGAUCGCUGAGCCUGGGUGCGUCGCGACGAACAUCGCCGUUGCAGGCCUCGGCGCUUGGCAAUGGCUGGUUAAAGUCAAGUGGAUCUGCUAUUGGCUUUCGUUCUACCUCGCACACCUGCUCGGGUCGCCUCAUCACCCGGUGUGGGCGAGCGACGGCGCGCUGCCGAUGCUCUACUGCGCGAUGGUCGCGAGCGCCUAUCUCGUUCCAGUGAGCAAGGUGCCGGCGCCCAAGAUGCACGUCGUGGCGCGACGCUUCCGGGCGCCAACGGUCAAGUACGGCGAGGUGGACGAGUGGGAAGAGCACGCCGAGCUGGCAAAAUUCCUCGCACAGAAGUGUGACGCGAUCCGGCUGGACUGGCGGAGACGGGAGGGCUUGGAUGAUCAUAGGUUAUAGCAUUGAGGAGAUGGCAUUAUGCGGUAGGUAACAGAUGAGGCUGGU